AAAAAAACUUCGAAAAAGAUAAAACAGCAAAAACAGAAUAACAAUCUCUAUCUCAGAUCGUAACUGACAACAAAUCUUAUAUGAUAUUGUAAUUUAAUCUAUUUCUUAGUUGUGUGCUUAGAUUUCUGCUUGUGAUGGCUUUAAAAUUAGGAAAGGUCUACGGUCGCCACUGUAGCUUAUUACAUGGUAUUGUUUGUUUGGAAGGAAAGAAAGGGAAAAAGAGAGGAGCAAUGGUGAGGUUUGCAGGUAUAGAUAACGAGUUGCAGAAGAUACUCGACGCAAAUAUGGAUGAAGCGCGUGCAAGACGACGCGCUCGUGAUGCGUUUAAACAUAUUCAGCUUAAUAUCGACCAUAUCUUGUUUAAGACACCAGCUGAUGGAUUGAAAAUAAAGGAGUCGUAUGAGGUGAACUCUAGAGGAUUGGAAAUUUUCACAAAAAGUUGGCUACCAGGAACUUCUUCUCCUAGAGCAGUGGUGUGUUAUUGUCAUGGUUAUGGAGACACUUGCACAUUUUACUUCGAAGGAAUUGCAAGAAAGUUGGCAUCAUCUGGGUAUGCAGUUUUUGCUAUGGAUUACCCAGGAUUUGGUCUUUCAGAAGGUCUUCAUUGCUAUAUUCCUAGCUUUGACAGGCUAGUUGAUGAUGUCAUGGAGCAUUUCUCUAAAGUCAAAGAGGACCCAGCAAUUUGUAAUCUUCCAAGCUUCCUGUUUGGACAGUCAAUGGGUGGAGCUGUCACUCUGAAGCUGCACUUAAAACAGCCUAAUGCAUGGAAUGGUGCCAUUCUUGUUGCGCCUAUGUGCAAAAUUGCAGAUGACAUGCUUCCACCAAUGUUAGUGAAGCAAUUCUUGAUUGGUGUAGCCAAUGUUCUUCCAACAAAAAAAUUAGUUCCACAAAAGGAUUUGGCUGAGGCAGCAUUUAGAGAUUCAAAGAAGCGAGAGAUGACAUCUUAUAAUGUUAUUGCUUACAAGGAUAAGCCACGAUUGAAGACAGCUUUGGAGAUGCUGAGAACCACUCAAGAGAUAGAACAGCGAUUAGAAGAAGUCUCACUACCAUUGUUAAUACUACAUGGAGGGGCUGAUAUUGUGACUGAUCCAUCUGUGAGCAAGGCUUUGUAUGAGAAAGCUCGCAGUUCGGACAAGAAGUUUAAACUUUACAAGGAUUCUUACCAUUCUCUUCUCGAAGGUGAGCCAGAUGAAGCAAUAAUUCAGGUUUUCAAUGACAUUGUGUCUUGGCUUGAUGAGCACAGCAAAGAAACUAAUGCCUAAUAAUCAGGUGCCUGUUAUUUUCCAUUAGUCAUUAGAGCACAUGCACAAAAGGCAGAAAGCAAAGAUAAAUAAUAAAUAGAAGGGUAUUAGAUUAGAGAUUAUAUUGUUAUUACUUGGGAGAUUUCCUACGUGAAUAAAUUUAAUUGUUCUAUUUGGAACAUUUAUUUAUUUAUUUAUUUUGUAUA